UUUUUAUUCAUAAAGAGUGCAAGUACAGUAAGAUCGGUCGAAAGUUCGUCGUGUUAGAUACAAAAAUCAAGAUUUCUAGAGUGCAAAUCUCAAUUUGCUUCUAUUUAAUUGUUCGAUAUCAAGCUUGAUAUUUAGGGCCGUCGGAUCGAAUGGGAAUUACUGAAAAUAGUAUGAUAAACGAUGGCGAUGGUGAUUACUUCUGGCAAUUGGAAGCAUUGCAGAAAUCAAUGUUGAGAUAGGUUCUUGUUGGCAUUGUGAAAAGAAAAAGCCUAAAUAGUUGAAAGUUGGUGAGAAUUUAGGUAAUUGAAUCAUUUGCCAGGAAGUGCAUAAUGAAAAGCAAGAACAAACUGUCUAGUUCUCCCGGAUCUGGAGCCGAAAUUACUUCAAGUGCAAACUAUCCUUUGUGCUCGCCUAUCAAAUCUUCUAACGGAGCAAAUAACAAUCCGCUUUUGGGAAUGGCAGGUUCCGGAACUAGUUGUGCUGAAUCUUUGGCAAUAUCCGCUCCGGGUUUACCCUCACAUAAGCCACACAUUUCUUUGGACAAGUAUGACGAGUUUCAGUUCAAAGUGCCUCCUGAGGCACCGGUUUUUGAGCCCUCGGAAGAAGAUUUCAAGAACCCUCUAAUCUACAUCAACAAAAUUCGACCCAUCGCUGAAAAAUACGGAAUAUGCAAAAUCCGACCCCCGACAUGCUGGCAGCCUCCUUUUACAGUGGAUGUUGAAAAGUUAACUUUUGUUCCUCGCGUACAACGAUUGAACGAACUGGAGGCUGAAACAAGAAUAAAACUAAAUUUUCUUGAUCAAAUUGCUAAAUUUUGGGAACUGCAAGGAUCGUCUUUGAAAAUUCCUAUGGUAGAACGGAAACCUCUAGACUUAUACACGCUUCACAAAGUUGUUAAUGAUGAAGGAGGCAUCGAAAUUGUCACAAAAGAGCGUAAAUGGUCGAAGAUAGCAUGUCGUAUGGGAUACCAGCAGGGCAAGAACGUCGGAACAAAUUUGAAGGCCCAUUAUGAAAGAAUUUUAUAUCCUUUUGACAUUUAUCGAUCAGGUAAAAUAAUUGACCUUGCUAACUUAGAAACGGAGCAGGAGGAAUGUGAGUACAAACCUCAUUCAAUUGAAGCGCGUCAACAAGUGCAACCACCACCUGCUACGACGGCUAGGCGAUCUCAACGAUUUGCGCAGAUCAGUAAAUCGGCCAGCAUUGGCGCGGCUGAUAUGUCACGUAUUUCGCCUAAUAAAUAUCGCUCAAAGAAUGUAUGCCCAGCUGGUGCAAAUGGUUCCGCCAAGAAUAAAUCAGAAACUCCAUAUAAACCGAAUCCCCAUGAUCCAAUGGCCAAAUAUAUUUGUCACAUGUGCAACAGAGGCGACGUUGAAGAAUCAAUGUUACUAUGCGAUGGAUGUGAUGCAUCAUAUCACACAUUUUGUUUGUUGCCGCCGCUGCAGGAAAUUCCCAAAGGAGACUGGCGUUGUCCUAAAUGUAUAGUUGAGGAAAAUUCGAAACCAGUGGAGGCAUUCGGUUUUGAACAAGCUCAACGGGAAUAUACUUUGCAACAAUUUGGUGAAAUGGCCGACCAGUUCAAAUCCAAUUAUUUCAACAUGCCGGUUCAUCUUGUUCCAAUCGAAUUGGUCGAGAAAGAAUUCUGGCGCAUUACAUCAUCUAUUGAUGAAGAUGUCACCGUCGAAUAUGGGGCAGAUUUGCACACCAUGGAUCAUGGGAGCGGAUUCCCUACCAAAUCAUCUUUAUAUCUUCUCCCGGAAGAUCAGGAAUACGCUGAGUCUAGCUGGAAUCUUAAUAACUUACCCGUGCUGGAUGAAUCUAUAUUGGGACACAUAAAUGCUGAUAUUAGCGGCAUGAAAGUUCCGUGGAUGUAUGUGGGUAUGUGUUUUGCAACUUUUUGUUGGCAUAAUGAAGACCAUUGGAGCUAUUCGAUCAAUUAUUUGCACUGGGGAGAACCAAAAACCUGGUAUGGCGUUCCUGGAAAUCGGGCUGAAGAUUUUGAAGUAGCUAUGAAAUCUGCAGCACCUGAACUAUUCCAAUCACAGCCAGAUUUGUUGCAUCAGCUCGUGACAAUUAUGAACCCAAAUAUAUUAAUGAAUGCAAAUGUACCUGUAUACAGAACAGAUCAACAUGCUGGGGAGUUUGUGGUUACAUUUCCGAGAGCCUAUCAUGCAGGGUUCAAUCAAGGCUACAAUUUUGCUGAAGCUGUCAACUUUGCCCCAGCUGAUUGGAUGAAAAUGGGACGCGAAUGUGUAAAUCAUUACUCAAAACUACGUAGAUAUUGCGUUUUUUCGCAUGAUGAAUUGGUUUGCAAAAUGGCAUUAGAGCCAGAUCGUCUCAAUCUCGGAAUUGCAACAGCUUGCUACAUUGACAUGGCAGAAAUGGUAGAUACCGAAAAAAAGCUUAGAAAAAAUCUGCUUGAAUGGGGCGUAACAAAUGCAGAACGCGAGGCAUUCGAACUAUUAUCUGAUGACGCCCGACAAUGUGAAAUUUGCAAAACUACAUGCUUCUUGUCUGCAGUUACAUGCAAGUGCACCACUAACCUGGCUUGUUUGCGCCAUUUCGCCGAACUUUGUGAAUGUCCAGCAGAAAAUCACACUCUAAAAUAUCGCUACACAUUGGAUGAGCUUCCGCUUAUGGUUCAGAAAUUGAAAGUUAAGGCAGAAUCUUUUGAAAAAUGGUUGUUUAAAGUACGAGAUGUGCUUGACCCUGCUGUUCCGACAAGCAUUACUCUGGACGAGCUUCAAGAAAUAGCCCAGGAAGCCGAAACUCAGAAAUUCCCCAACAGUGUUAUUUUAGAACGUCUUAAUUUUUCCAUACUGGAGGCCCAGAAAUGUAUUACCGUAAUUCAACAACUUGAUAUCAAUAAAAUUCGUACGAGGACAAGAAAUUCAGCAGAAUGUGCUAAGUACAAGCUCACAAUGGAAGAGCUGGACAUGUUUGUAAAUGAAAUAAAUAAUUUACGCUGCAUUAUUCGCGAAGGCGACAGUGUUCGCGAAUUGCAGAAAAUUGGAAAAGAAUGGUCAAAGCAAGUGGAAAGUGUCUUCAAAACUCGAUUCAAGGAUACCAACAUCCAACAACUUAAUCAUCUUAUUGAGGAAGGAAAUUCUUUAUGCAUCGAGUUACCACAUAUUGUGCAACUUAAGGACCGUUUGGCACAGUACAAAUGGUAUAAACAAGUACGAAUGUUACGAGAAAAUACCAUUGACCGCUUGUCUUUAGACGAAAUCAAAAAAUUACUCGACGAGGGAAUGAAAAUACUUCCACAUACAGUGUUGGAAAAGGAACUUGCCGAAUUACAUGGUAUAAUGCUACAGAUAAUGGACUGGGAACAAUCGGCAAGUCAAUGCUUCAAAAGCGAAACUCAGCACAAAAUUAGCGAAAUCGAAGGUCUGCUUGAGAGGGCACAUAUAAUCGAAGAUUUCCUUCCUUCACACAACCAACUUCGUGAUGCAUUACAAAAGUCGAAGGAAUGGCUACAUGCUAUCGAAUCACUAGAACGCAACGAAAAUUAUAACUUUUUCCAUACACUACAAAAUAUUGCCAAUCGUGCAAAAUUACUUCCAUCGGAAGCUGAGAAGCAAAGUCUAUUCGAAAGUAUGGGUGCUGAUAAAAAUGGGAAAUUGCCAUUAUCAUCUUUUGGGAGCAUAGAUUCAGCACUGAAUAGUGGAUUGAAAAGAAAGAAACUAACAAACUCAGACGAAAUCAUCAAAAAGAUCAAAGAAGAUCCGUGUAUUACCGAGCUGGACGAACAAAUUUUGAAGGCUCAAAUCCUUUGCUGGAAUGAUAAGAGUAAAAUCAAUGCAUUAUCAUCUUCAUGUUGGUAUACAAGUGUCGAGGAAAAAUUUGGCGACAGUAAAAUAGUAUAUCAUUGUGCAAAAUGUUCGGAAAUUGCUAAGAAGAAGCGCAUCAAACAUUACCAGGAAGAAAAAAAAGUGGCUUCGAAAGAAUCAUUCAAUCCAGAUAUAGAUAUCAAACCAGAAGUCAAAGAUCAUGAAACUGAGGAUGCUAAUACACAAGAAACAUUUGACGAUUUCGAUGGUGAGGAUUACGAAGAUCAAGCAAGUGACCCGGAAAAUGAACUUGAUCAAGAGAGUGAAGAUAGUCAUGAUGACGAAGAAGAUGCUGGUGGUGAUGCGUUUAUAGGUGAUAGUGAGGACAGUAAUGAUAAUUUGAGAAAUGUUAUUUUUGAAGAGAGAGGAAAAUCAAACAUCCCUACGAAAUCCUUUCAUGGUGAUAGUGGAUCUCCUGCAAGUACUUCUGGUCAGUCUGGAAAACAAAAACAAAAGCCGAUAAGUAGUAAUAUGAAAGAUGAUAAACUCGCAGUCACUGCAAAUACACUCGGAGUAGAUCCGAGAGGAAUAAUUUUUUAAGAGACACGUUCAUAAUUUUGUGUAGUGAAUAGUUUCUCCUUAAUCACAUUCUAUGUAUGAGAAUCCUUACUUCCUUACUUCCUUUCGUGUAGGAUAUGUUAGCCAAACGUGUCUGUGAAAUUUUCCUAUAUUUUAAUGUUUGCAAUUCGUUUCAUCGUUCUAUAUCGUUUCAAAUACGACCACCGCUUCUAAGCUAUUCUUAAAAUAUAUAUAUGAGUAUGUAGUACUGAUAAGUUACAAAACGACGGAUAUAGAAGUUUAAUAUAGUAUGAAGAAAAGCCGCGUAUUUUCACAGAAAGAAGAAAGCUUUUAAUUUUUUCGAUAGAGAAAGCCUCAUUUAUCAUCAAUGUUUACUGAUUUGAAAAUUGAAUAUACUUGAAAUUUAAAUGUUAGGUACACAAUUCACACAACUGUUAUAAAUUCAUAUUAUAUUAAUACGCUUUUUUAUUCUACCCUAACAUCACCCAAGACUAAACUUUACUACGGAUACACAUAGCUAUACGGUCACUCUAACAAACUUCAGUUGAAUAAACGUUGGCGAAAACUA